AUGUGGAAAAUCGUGGUAGCGAUUGUUGCAAUCGCUUGCCUAGUUGAUGCUCAAUUCCGAUGCAAAAAUAUGAAUGGGAAAGAUGUUGACUGGUUUGUCGCUGUAAAGCUGCCAGCGAAUGUUGACGAAAGAAAAGGACGAAGUUUUGUCUACUAUGACUCUUCUCAAAGUGGAUGGGUUAUGAGCAAACAGCCAAUAAACAGUACAGAUUCGGCAAUCGGUGCCACUCUGAAGCAACUCUACACCAGCAAUGAUAAAACAACUUUCAAAAUUGCGUACAACGAUGACUGCCCCGGGAAGCAAGUAGACAGUGGACGUGGCCACAGCAAAGGUGUUGCUGUUUUCACCAUCGAUAGCGGCUUCUGGUUGGUACACAGUGUGCCCAACUUUCCCCCACCUGAUAAAUACGACUAUCCGGAAACAGGUUCAAAAUACGCACAGUCGUUUAUCUGUCUUUCGCUCGAUGCCAAUUAUCUUGAAGAUAUCAGCCAGUACAUGAGAUAUUCCCAAGUGACGCCCUAUAUUACCAACUUGCCUAAAAACUUCGAAAUAAUAGCGCCGUACCUAGUGGAUGUAGUGAACAGGAAAUCUCUCGGACGAUCAGACACACGGUUCACCACUUCUCACGACUUUGAAACUCGCGGUCACAAGAGAAUCAAGGCAUUUGCAAAGCAUAAGAAAUUCGGAAAAGAUUUAUGGCACGACUUCAUUGCUCCGUACCUGAGAACUCCUAUGGCAGUCGAAACGUGGAGGAACGGCGCUGCUAAAGAUGUCGGCACACAGUGCGACGAUGGAGAAAAUGUUUACGACGUCACUUCUGUGAAGGUGUUGGACAAAGAGUAUGCCAGUUCCAAGGAUCAUUCAAAGUGGGGUGUGUCCAUGAGCGAGUCUGUACCAGCUGUAUGUAUAGGGGACGUGAACAGACAGGAGUCACAAUUCAAGCGUGGAGGCGGCGCUGUUUGCAUUGAAGAUGUCACAUUAUGGCGAACGUUCCGUGGUUCGGUGAACUCUUUCUCGGAUUGUGGUGUGGUGCAUGAAAAGAAGUCUUCUAAGGAUGCUAAGAAGAACGGCAAGAAUGCAGCGUGA